AUGCCCAUAGCCAUAAGGGAUCAAGUGGCACUUGAAUCCGAUGACAUUUACGAUCCCGGCCGGAAACGGCAUCCCAUUGUCAAACUUCUAAACUGUGUUAGAAUCUACAAUAUACCAUUAAUCAACUUCUUCAUCAUUUCAGUACUAGGGUUCUUUUUGUUCAAGUUGACCACCAAGUACACCGACCUUUACAUCAAGAGUUCGUUAAUCACGAUUAUAGUGACGAAUCUCGUUCUUUACGGCAUAUCAGAAAGUAUGGCACAGUCAAUUCUUAGCUAUAGACCCAAUCAACCUGGUAUAGGGAUCAGGUAUAAUGAUGGGUCUAGUGGCACGGCACUUUCGUUCAACUCCAAUGAUAUCACACUUAGAAUGAAUCCAGCAUCGGGAUUCAGCGCAUAUUCUGAUGAUAUUGAAGCCAAUAAUGAAACUAAUCGAUUCAUAGAUUACCUACAACAGGAUGACGAAUCACAGGAGCGCGACUUCAACAACUUUGGCGACUUACCUCCUCCCAUUGUGGAGCUUACAUAUUUCCAGUUUAAUAGACUUGCUGGGUUUAUGUGUUGGGGGUUUGUGAUGGCUUUUGUUCAAUGUUGGUGGUACAAAUUUCUACAAAUCUACUCCAAGGAUCCCAAGUUUAUUGAGGUUUUGCGUAAAGUAUUAACAGACCAGCUUUGUUUCUCUCCAGUGUCGCUCUUCUGUUUCUUCACCUACGGAACAAUCGUUCUAGAAAGUGGAACAUGGGAGCAGACCAAAGCUAAACUCAGCAAGAUCUACUUAAAGACGUUACUCAUCAACUACUCGGUGUGGUUCCCAGUUCAGUUCUUUAACUUUUUCAUUGUUCCCAGAAGCUUCCAGGUGCCGUUCUCAUCGUCGGUAUCAGUGAUGUGGAACUGUUUUCUUUCAAUGCGAAAUUCAAAUAGCUAA